GACGCGUAAACUAUACACUUACUCGGGAGAGUUAGGUAGCUUUAUAAAAUAUGGCGUUUAAAUAUUUUUUGGAAAUUCUCGUUUUAGCUAUUUGUGUUGAAUUUGGCUCGUCGAUUCGGUGCUACGAGUGUAACAGCGCGAACAACUCCAUGUGUUUGAACCCCACUAUCUACGACACGGAGACCGUACAGAAGUAUCUCCGCGCCACCAGCUGUGAUCAUAGCGCGUUCUUAGGACCAAAUCCACCAGCAGCCAAACAGAUGUUCUGCAGAAAAAUAAUUCAGACUAUUCUCCACAAGGGUCACGAUGCUGAGGUCCGAGUGACUCGUGGCUGCGGCUGGGUUAGACAUCAUAAGGACUGCUACAAAGCUGACAAUGAAGAUCAUCUGGAAACAGUAUGCCAGUGCUUCACCGAUGAUUGUAAUGGGGCUAUGACAUUGAAACAUAGUCUUGUAAUUACGUUUAUUAGCUUAGGGUUACUAUUGUUAAAAUAUUACUAACUUUACAACACUACUCGUAAAGACAACUUCUUCUAAAUUUGACUCGGAGUUUCUAUGUUUGUAAAGGAAUUCCUCUGAGGUUCAAAGGUUCUGAAAAUCUUUAUCACUCAGAACAUAAAAUGAUAAUUAAUAAUUUAUUUUAUUACAUUAUAAAUUAAUAUAAACUAGGUUACAAACGACAACUGUGAGGAGCAGCGUGAACGUAUUUUAGGUAUUUUAAUAUUAGGAGCUAUUCACUUUGCGCAGCGAAUACGGCGAUGGGUAUAAAAAUAAAUUCUUAUUACCAGUGGCUUUGCCGCACUUCUAAAGGCUCACUUAUAUUGGUUUAGCUUGUGAUCAACAUUAAGUCUUUCAUUGACUGGCCUGCUUUUCCACCACUAAAAACGGUCACAAUUAUCAAGUUGGAUUAAGAUCGGCAUAACUGUUCGACUUACUAACCGAUUCAAGCUCCUUUUUAUUGAUUUAGUUCUCCAGCCAAUAUAGUUUGUAUAAGAAAUAAAACUGCUUCUAUUGAUUCAAGAACAACAUAAAAAGUAAACUCAUCAUUUUAUUAUCAAAUUAUGAUGAUUUUUUUACAUUUAAUAUUUUAUCUUAUUACUUGUAUACCAUACAGGGUAAGAUAUUCUGUAAUUGAAAAGAUUAUUGGCUUAACCAAUAAUUGUUGUGCAUAAUAAGUUUAAAAAAAAAAUCGAAUCUGAAAUCAAUAAUAGCACUUGCUAUAGAUAGACAACAUUACUUAGAAGCGAGGCGGUGAAUUGGUGAAACUUUGAAUAAAAUGUUUACUCAAAAUCAUAAUUAAAUAAUAAAUUAAUGUAAUAAAAUUGUAUGUUUGUAUGAGAAAAGGAGAUACAUGCCAACAUACUACUAUGUAUUAAAACUACGUAAAAAAUGAUGACAAAAUAUUAAUUUACGUACGGAGUAAUGAUCAUUUUGUGUCAUUUCUUUUGUAAUAUAUUUUUAAAUUGUAUUAUAAAAAUAUGUUAAGCAGGGUAUAAAUGUAAAAUAUUU